AAAACAAAGGACGGUUCACGAAUUCUUACCAGUAACCAAAGUUAAAAAACCCUAAUAAGAACAACUCUGCGUAGAAAUCCUACACUUCAGAGUUUCGGCUUUUCCUCACCCGAAGCCAUGGCACCUAAAUCUAAAACCCGCCUUGUAGAUCAGCCGCCCUCCGCAUCAUCUUCUGAGCAAGACGGUAUUAAGUCCGAGCAAAAAAAGAAAAUCGAUCAACUUCAGCAUUCUGAAUCAGAAUCCGAUGACACUUCUGAAGGAAAGAAACCGGGAAAAAGAAAACGCGCACCUCCAAUUUUCAAGAAAAAAUCUGCCCAGAAACCUCAGUCGUCACCGGAAGCCUCCGACGAGGAAUCCGAUUCGGAUUCCCAGGAAAGUCACAGGCCACCAUCCGCCGCCGGCAUCACCGUGCAGCCCGAUCUCACUCCCAAGCAACCUUCGGUUUCCUCUUCAAAGGUUCCUGGAUCUUUGAAGCCAUCAUCAAGUCCACAUCUAAAGCGUGCAUUGCAUGCCGUAGAGGAAGAAUCCAAGAAGAAGAAAAGCAGAUCUGACGAAGAAGGCGUCCUUACCAAAGAAAAGAAGUCUGCGCACAACCGACUGUGGAGUAACGAUGAUCAAAUUGCUAUACUCAAAGGUAUGAUUGAUUACAAGGCUCAAACAGGGACUGAUCCUAAUGCCGAUUUUGUUGCUUUCAAUGACUUUAUUAUGGAUAAAUUGGACAUUUCGUUUUCAAAGGCUCAGAUCAAAGAUAAGAUUAAAAGGCUUAAAAAGAAGUUCUUGACCCUUUAUGAGAAAGGAGAUGUCCCUACUUCUGCUAAGCCUCAUGAGUCUAAGGUUUAUGAACUCUCAGCAAAGAUCUGGGGAACUGAGAGCAACACCAAUGCUAAAAGUCCGGGUGGUACUGGUGAUAUUGCCAAACCAGAUGCAAAAUUUGCCAACGAGAAGGUGAAAAGGCUUUCGGAAGUAAACAAAAUAAGCAACUCCAAAAAGUCUAUUGAAUCUACCAACAUUAUGGAUACACCAAAAGCAACAAGUGAAAAGAAGAAGACUACUGCUCAUAAGGAUAAAGAAAAAGAGAAGAAGAAAAAGAAGCAGAACACUCAUCCAGAGGAAGAAGAUGAAAAACUGGCUGUUGAGAAACAUGAUGAACAAAUUGCCGUUGUUGAAAAAGAUAAGCAGACUGCUGCUAAUGGAAAAGGCAACCGGACCGUUGGCAAGGGUAAAGACAACCAUUCUGCCUCAAAGGCAAAAGACAGCCAGACUGCUGCUAAGGCUAAGGGUAAAGACAACCAUUCUUCCUCUAAGGCAAAAGACAGCCAGCCUGCAGCUAAUGGAAAAGUGGGGAAAGGUGAACACACUGCUGCUAAGAAAAAUCUUAACCAGGCUUUUCUGAAAUAUGGAAUUAACGGUGAAGCUAAGAAUGAGACAAGGGAUUUUCAGUCCAAAUAUCCAUGCUUGCUUAGAUCAUUCAAUAAGGAAAACUAUCCAUUCAGUACUCAGGAGACAUUAGAUAUGCUGAAGGAAAAAGUCAAUCUGAUCGAGAGUUCCCAAGCUGAUGAGGUUGAGGAGAAAUGGGCUGAGCUAUUGGAAGAACAAGUUGCACAUUGUGUGAAGGCUGCAGAUUUGGUAGCACUACAAACUAGAUUGUUGUUUGAUGCUAUGAAGAGGUAACUUUGUAGAUGUCAGUUCUGUUUGAUGCAUGUCGUGGAUUAGUAUUUUUCAACUUCAGUUCCUUUUUAUGCAUGUUUUGGAUUAGUAUUUUUCAACUUUGAAAAUUUAAAAAUGAGAUACUGUUGUUCUUAGAAAAAUGCUGAUGCUAGUAUGCUACUAUUAAGUGUUUUGCUAUUUUCUCUUUAGUAGUUGGUUGAUUAUGGUUUGGCCUGCA